UAUAUAUAACUAAUAACUUCUCAAACUUCACAUUCUGAAUUCCAACUAAGAUAUUCUUAUAUGAAAUUACAAUAUUGCUUUAUUUUAUUAUAAAGUUAAAAGAAUAAACAUAGAAAUAUUGUUAGUUUUGUUACAUAUUAGUUUAGUUCAACUUUAAGUGAUUAGAUUAAAAUAGCGAAAUUCAUAGAUAAAACAAUGUCUACUUCAUGACAUUUUCCAAAAUAAUACACGUUAAUUUGAAUAAUUUUCAAUGUCUUUAACCGGAGGAAUAAAAGAGGAAAAACCCAUGUGCAACGGUGAUAAGGGUCGUAUCGUAGACAAACACACGCGUAUCGACCAAACACUUGUCAUCAUCAAACUCCUAUAAAAACCUACAACACCUUAUUCAUCAUCUUCAGCUUCAUUAAAGCUUUUAUUUCUCAACAUUCUUCAUAUAACUAAAAGAUUCAAAGAGAGAAAGAUAGAGAUGGAUGGUAGGGGAGGAUGUUGCAUAGCUAGAUAUGGCGGUUACGGUGGUCGCUACGGUCUUUCCAAAGCGGACCGAAUCAUGCUCCGGUUCCGUCCUAUUGCUCCUAAACCGGCCAGCGACGGCGGAGGUACAUCUCCCGGCGCUGGAAAGUAUGGUUCCACUACAACGAGUGGUGGCAGCUCUGAUGUUUCCUGUAAACCCGGGAGAGGAAAGAGGAAGUAUCCGAAGGACAGUUCAGGUGGUAACUCCCGGCGGUGCAACCGCAGAAAGGUUUCCGACAGAGGCGUUGCUGCUGCUACAGCGGCGGUUACGCUGUCUCUUUUACCAGAGACGCCUGAUAAAAGAGCUUUUCCAGAUCUGAACGUUUCUCCGGUGGAGAAUGAUCAGAAGCGAAACGGUCCGUUGUGGCUGAGUUUCAGCGGCGGAGACCAUGGGAUGCUAACGCCGUACAAGAGUGCCGAGAUAUCACGAAGGGCGGUGGUGGUCUCGUCGUGUGUGACGGUUGAGCGUGUGACCGACGCUUGGAUCAACGGUCAGGGGUUGGGGAGGACAGAUGAGGAGAAGAAAAUAAAUCUUGCGAGGGACACGUGUCCUGGGUUUAUAUCGGACGGUGUAGGAAGAGUCACGUGGACCAAUGAGGCGUAUAGGAAGAUGGCCAAGGAAGGUGCACCGGGCAUGAGCUAUGAUAAUUUUCACGUGAACGUAAGGUUGGUGAUGAAGGAGAGGCCGAUGCUUACGUACCCGGCGUUCACAUGCAGAGUGAGACUACAGUUCACGUGUCAAGAUCGUGAAAGAAGAUCAGUCACGGUGCCUUGUGACGUGUGGAGGAUGGACGGUGGAGGGUUUGCGUGGAAGCUUGACGUUAAGGCCGCUUUGUGCCUGUAAUGUGUACUGGUCGCCGUCGGAUUCACAAUGCUGACCAUCGAUGAACGGUCCCGAUCAUAUACACAGGCUUCCAUAGGACUAAAUAAAGCAAGUGCUAAACUUUGGUUAUUUUUAUUUUCACCUUGAACAUAUGUUCCUUUUUUUUAGUUCGCUUGUUUGUUAUGGUAAUGGUUAUCUCUCUCUUGGCCUAUGAUGCUAGUUUGCUAAUCUCAGAUUAAUGUUUUAAAGUUAAAAGUUGUAUAUACUUUUGCAUUUUGAUAAACUUAUGGGUUUUUCAUUUUUUUUCCGUCAACAAUAUUUUCAUUAAACUAACUCAAUGGACUGUUUUACAAAAUUUGAAACGUUACAAACAAGAUCCAACAACAUACAAUCCAAGUGAAGCCCUACAAAAUAUAUAGGCCAAAACAUGAAGUUCGAUUUCUGAUUGCUGUUUUUCCACGCAUCGCUUGUUGAAGAAACUAAAGACACGUAUUGAUGAAAGUAUCUGACAUGCGAGACGGCAACUCGUCCGCCAGGUGUCUUCCGCACCGAUCCUCCAUUUUUUUGCUUCUCACCACCGUAGAUUCGCUAAAAACGCCAAAAUCUUCUUACUCCACUUCUGCUCCAACCUUUGUUUGAGUUCUUAGAUGUUCGUCCACCACAGAUUGUAAUUCCAAGAUAGCUUGAUUUGACCGACAAGAGAUCUUUUGCUGGACCGUCUUCAAAGAAAAGACAUGCUCUACUAAAUCUCCGACAAAGCUAACUGACAUCAAUCUAACACCAUCAUUUCCUUUUCGCUAUCUACCACCAUCAUUAACUUUUACUGAAGAGCAUUAGUUAAGUGCAUAUCGUUGAAUAAAGAGAGAACCCGUCCCAAACAAAUUCAGUCUAGCAAGUUCUUGCACAAGAGAAGAGUAUUAAAAUUCACAAGAUCUGGUGAUGACUGGCCUUUAUUAGAUCACUUCAAAAGAUAUCGCCUAGCCAAGAAGAGAACAUCCCGAAAUCCCUAAGAGCACCCGCAACGCGGGUUCGUGAUGCAUCCUAAGCGCGAUAACUUAGGUAAAAGCAAUUAAAAAAAUAAUUUUAAAAUGUCGUAACCGAAGGAUUGAUCCUAAAUUAAGGGGUUUAAGGAUCAAAUCCUUAAUGACGUGGCAAGGCGGGAGUGGUCGUGGUAGGGGUUGUGUUUCGUAUGUGGAAAAAAACAUUCAUUCUCUUUCUCCGUCUCGAAAAAAAAACUCUCCCGAAGGCGAAAGGCGAUUCAGAGAUCGUGAAACGGUGAAGGUAAAUCGCGUGCUCUUAACUCAAUAUUUUUGGAUUAGGUGUUGAUGCAUGUUGAUUAAGUCAGUUCUAGGGUUCUAUCGUGUGGUAAAAAUCGAUUUUAGGUUUCAAAUCGAAUUGGGGAUUUUUUUCGAUUUACGGUUUUCGUCUAGGUUUGUUAUUUUCUGCAUCUAGAAUCGGUUCUUUGUUGUUUGAGAGUUCUAUCGUAUGGUUUUAAUAGAUAUAGGGUUUGAAAUUGAGUUGGGAUUGACUUCUGGAUUGAUUUACGUUCCGUGAAGAGUUAUAAAUAAUUAUACGGUUCGAGAUUGAUUUGUAAAUCGAUUACGGGUUCGGGAUAGUCGAAACCAUUUGUGUUAAGCUAUCCUUAUAGCUAAUUAUGAAUCUGAUAACAUGAUUUUCCUUGCAGGUUUUGAAAUGGAGGAAGAACUUCGAGAUAAGAAAGCACAGAAAGAGUACUACAACAUGAUCGAUUUUGUUGCAAAUGUGCAACAGGGGAUUCCCAAAAUUUGCCCCUGUGGAUCAAUCACGAAAGAAACCGUUGAUGAAGAUGAUACGUACGACUACCUCCCGGGAAAAAGAUACUUUAUCUGCAAAGACUUUGAGGUAUGUACUGUAAUUAAUCUGGUUAUUUUUAUGGUUCAUAUUCUGACAAAUGUUUAUCUUUUUUUGCAGAAUGAUGGGCUGCAUUUCAGGCAACCAUGGGUUACGGCUAUUCAUGAAGAAGUUGAGAGGCUCAAAGAACGGUAUCACGAGCAGGCGAAGCUUCUGAGAGAGUGCCAGGCACUUAAGGUGAGUGAUGAGUGAUCUGUUAUGUCUUUAGGACUUUACUUAUAUGUGGGUAGGACUAUAGUUCUGUAAUAACUGUAUGAUGUAUGUUCAGGACCAGGUGAGAAUGCUGCAGGACGAGGUGAGAAUGCUGCUUAUGCGUGUGGCUGAACUCGAGAGAGCCCUCUGAGGUUAGUGGAUUAAAUUAUCCUUCAUCUCUGCCUCGUGUGAAAUUAGUAGGAGUUUGCAUUGAAACAUAAGUUAGUAGUUAGCAAAUAAUAAAUAUUUAGUGACUUCAUUAAAUCUCGUUUUCAAACGAAAACUUCAUUAACUCACUCUCUAGCUGUUAUGAUAGGACAGUUAGCAAAUAAUAUCCAUACUGCUUCAUUAAAUCUUGCUUUUAAACGAAAACUUCAUUAACUCACUCUCUAGCUGUUAUGAUAGGACAGUUUCCUACUAGGAUUAAAUAGAGUUGAACUAAAGAUCCCUAUUUAAUCUUCUGCGUUUCUACAAGAGAAACACAGAGUGAAAUCCAAAAAUGGAAAACUCCACUUGCUUUGUAAACCUUUUAGCUAGCCAAGGGUGUGUUGAGCUUGACUCAUCGGAACCCCUUUGCUUUAACAGCCAAUGUUCCGAUGAGUCUACUGUCAAAGAGAGGAAGAAAUGGACACCAAAGGAGGAUAUAAUCCUCAUUGGUGCUUGGCUCAACACCAGCAAAGACCCUAUAGUCGGGAAUGAACAAAAAGCUGGUAAGUUCUGGCAGAGGAUUGUACAGUCCUCAGCUGGUUGGGACAAUCCCAAGAGAACUUGGGCAAUGCAAGAAAAGAUGAGCUAGGAUCAAUGAUUUGGUGUGUAAAUUUUCGGGCUGCUACGAGAUGGCAUUGAGGGAGCAGAGAAGCGGGCAAAAUGACAACGAUGUGAUGAAGGCUGCUUUGGAUAUCUUCUACAAUGACCACGGCAGUAAGUUCAACUUGGAACAUGCGUGGAGGGAGCUUCGACAUGAUGUGAAAUGGUGCUCCACCUAUCUCGAGAAGGAGAGCGGUCGGGAGAAGCGCAAAGCAGUUGCUUCUGAUGCUCAAGGGUCAUUCGCGGAGCCAGAAGAAAGACCCAUAGGAGUUAAGGCAGCUAAGGCUGGUAGCAAGAAGAAGAAAAGUGGAAAAGAAGAAGAAUUGGGAAAGAUAGAAGGACUGUUGGCGCUCAAAAAACAAAUCUCUAGACAGAAUGUACUAGAGAGUUUACUUGCAAAGACUGAGCCACUAGAUGGUGGAAUUAGCUCUGAAAAUGAAACUUAUGUCUGAAAUGAUGUGAUGAUUGUUAGCUCUAACUUUAGUACACAUUUGCUGUUCGUUUCACUAUGUUUAAUCAUCUCAUUUUCUCUAUUUCAGGUGAUGUACAAGACCAUGUGCCUGACGAAGACAAAAGCUGCUGUCUCUUCCUUAUGUAUUCACGGGAUGCUUGUUUUUUUUUCUUAUUUUUCCAUGUGAACCUAGUCACGGGUACUUUGUCUGUUUAUUAGCUUCGUAUUUCUUGCCUUUAUAAGUCUGGUUGUAGAUUCGGCGAAGAGCUAUCUCAUUUGCUCUUCUUGUACUAAAAACUUGUUAUGAUGAAAUUUUAAUUUCGAGUAUCUGCGUUUCAUCAACCCUUCCCUUCAUAUUUGUAUGCUCACGGCAGGUAUUGUCACUGGUUUGUGUUGCCAGUAUGAUAGUAGAGUUUUGUGUUGCUUCUCAAAAUACCAAUUCACUAAACAAUUUGACUGAAUUGGCGUCUUUUAUAUUAAGUCUUGAACGUUUCUUUGUAUCAAAUCUUUAUGAGUUUUAUUAGUAACGCCUGAGCUUAGCUAGUUUCUCGUAUCAAAUCUUUAGUAGGCUUGAAUCCACCAUCGAAUAUUUGAUAUUGUAUAAGGUUGAUACAAUGAUUGACAACCUAGAAUUAGAUGAUUCUGAUAUAUAAGGUUGAUAUAAUGGUCCAACUAUUCGUAUUUGUUCAUGAUUGACAACCUAGAAUUAGAUGAUUCUGAUAUAUAAGGUUGAUAUAAUGGUCAAAAUAUGAAAACAUGGGGAGUCAACGGUCGACAUAUAUCAAACUUUGUGUUUUUAUGUCUCCUAAUGUGUACGCACAAUUAUGGUUUUGGUUUUAACAAACUUUCUUUUUUAGAUUUAAGAAAGGAUAGUGAAAUAUAAGAGAUGAAGUAGAUCGAAGAUUAUAUGCGGUUUUGGAUGAGGCGGUCGAUGAAUAUAUUGAGGAUACAUUCAACAACAUCGUCGAAAAUCGAACAGUCAAACCGAAGAAACGUGCAUAUGUCGAACGAAACCGCGAAGAGGGCCACAACCGUCUAUGGAAUGAUUACUUCCGUGAAGAUUCCACAUUUCCGGCUCAUUUUUUCAGACGCCGUUUCCGCAUGAACAAGGAAGUAUUCUUGCGUAUUGUCAAUCGCCUCUCCGAAAAUGUUACAUUUUUUCAGCAAAGAAGAGAUGCUGUCGGACGGUUAGGUCUAUCUCCACUACAAAAGUGUACGGCAGCUAUUCGUAUGCUUGCUUAUGGCUGCGCGGCGGACGCCACAGACGAAUAUCUCCGACUUGGUGAAAGCACAUCACUUUCGUGUUUAACUAAUUUUACAGAAAGCGUAAUACAAUUAUUUGGAGAAGAGUAUAUACGAAGACCCACUACAGAAGAUCUUCAACGACUACUCGACAUUGGAGAAAUACAUGGCUUUCCUGGAAUGGUUGGAAGCAUCGAUUGUAUGCAUUGGGAGUGAAAAAAUUGCCCAACUGCUUGGAAAGGACAGUACACACGUGGAUCAGGAAAGCCGACAAUUGUCUUGGAGGCUGUCGCUUCACAAGAUCUUUGGAUAUGGCACGCUUUUUUUGGUCCACCUGCAGGUACCUUAAACGAUAUUAACGUCCUCGAUCGGUCACCUAUUUUUGAUGACAUUUUACAAGGUCGAGCUCCAAGGGUACAAUACGUGGUCAACGGACACCAAUAUGAUAUGGCGUACUACCUCACUGACGGUAUAUAUCCAAAAUGGUCAACAUUUAUCCAAUCUAUAUCACUUCCUCAAGGUCCUAAAGUAGAGUUAUUUGCUAAAGUUCAAGAAUCAACCCGAAAAGAUGUGGAGCGGGCUUUUGGAGUAUUGCUAUCUCGAUUUGCAAUAGUGAAAAACCCGGCUAUUUUGUGGGACAAGAAACAAAUAGGGAUGGUUAUGCGAACAUGUAUCAUACUUCACAAUAUGAUAGUAGAAAAUGAACGCAAUGGAUACACUCAGUAUGAUACAUCUGAAUUUGAAGAAGGAACCUCGACCAGAAGUUCGAAUGUGGAUGCACCCAAUACUUCCGAGAUGCCUCCAAAUCUCGCUAAUAUGCUUCUUAUACGGACUCAUCUUCGUGAUAGAAAGUUACAUGAACGAUUGAAAAAUGAUUUGGUAGAAAAUAUUUGGAACAAGUUUGGUAAUGAUGAAGAUGAAUAAUUAUUGUAUGUUUGCAUUUAAUCAUUCAAUAAAUGAAUUUUCAAUU